CCUGGAGCCUUUUCAACCCCAGUCCCUGGGCUCCCAGGCAGUCUGCUGGAAGCCGUGCUUAGGAAAUAUGGCGGUGGAGUUUGUGCGGUUCACCAAGAUGGAGUAUGCCAUGAAGUCUUUGAGCCUACUCUCUCCCAAGUCUCUCUCAAGGUGCGUGGCAGUUAGCACCUCAGUAGUGACCCAGCAGUUGCUGCACAGCCCCGUGUCAAAAUCUCGGCCCUUCCGGGUCAGCAAUGCUGACCGCAGCAUUCGGAAAGGCAUCAUGGCAGACAGCCUGUUGGGCCUCAUUGACAAGGUUCGGGAGAGCCUGCAGCUGACAGAUGCCUUCUCCUUGGUACUGGAAGAGGAUGGCACAAGUGUGGAGACAGAGGAGUAUUUCCAGGCCCUGGCUGAGGAUACUGUGCUCAUGGUGCUGCAGAAAGGGCAGAAGUGGCAACCAGCGCCCGAGCAGGGAGCCAGGAACCAACUCACUCUCUCCCACAAACCUCCCAGGAGGAUUGAUGUGGCUUGUGUGACUUUUGACCUGUACAAAAUGAGGCCCCAGGACUUCAUUGGCUGCCUGAAUGUGAAGGCCACACUCUAUGGCACAUACACCAUGUCCUAUGACCUGCGCUGCUACGGGGCCAAACGCAUCAUGAAGGAAGCUUUGCGCUGGACCCUCUUCAGCAUGGAAGCCACAGGCCACGUGCUCCUCGGCACCUCCUGCUACAUCCAGCAUGUCCUGGAUGCCACAGAGAAGCAGCAUUCCUUGGCUAGGAAGACCGUGGCUUCACAGAUUCAUGCCCUGGCUCCGUCCUACCUGAAGAUGCUGCAGUGAGGAUUCAAGUGGCUCGGGCCAAAAACUGGACUUGAGUCUGAAACUGCCUCGAUGGCUUGUGUGCUGUUACGGGUCCUUCCUCCCUCUCCCGGCUCCUUCCCUGCAGCUCUGAGGCUGUGAGCAAAGCGGGCACAGUGAAGAGGAGGGGCUGACAGAAGAGGAGUUGCCUUCCUCUAUCCACAACUCUGAUAGGGCAGCCAUGUUUCUACACACACACACUGCACUCUCUGUCUCUCUCCCCCUACCC